GAUAUUUCAGAUACGGAUAAAUGGAAUAUCAUUGAACAAAGUGGCGUUUUGAAACAAGUCGCUACUACUUCAUCGAUGGAAGAAGAUUCAGAUGCCACUACACUUGAUUUUGCACUACAAGCCAUAUUUCUAGCCCUACCAUUCAGCUUUUUGUUUGCCACAUUCGAGGUCACAGUCCAAGUCCAAUACAGUGAACCAUGGAGCUAUGGGCAAUUACCCUGGCGUAUGCUUCACGUUUUACCAGCGUUGAUACCACUGAUAUAUAUCACCAAUCGCUACAAGGCGACCCGGACGAUGCAAGCAUUGAUGGCGAUUUCAAGUCUUGUGGUGGGAGCUUUCUUAUUGUACACAGUUCAUAAAUCCCCCUCCAUGGGUCAAAUGCUACGCGCUCCUGGCCUUGCCACCAUCUGGAUCUACCUUAUUGUUCAGUUAGACCUCACCCCAGCUGUAGCUACCCUUGCCAUUGUAGGAGUUUAUUAUUACUAC